AUGGAUACAUCAUUCAGAUGGCUCGAGUUUUUGCGAGAACAAAAAGAGGCGCAAGAAGAGCAGAAGCAGUUUAAAGCAUAUUGGGAUCGGCGGCAUGCCGAGGACAAAGAUCUGUGGAGAGAUAAGGACUUUGCAAAUGCAAUCUAUAAAAUGAGUCGGGCUGGUUACAAAGGUGAGCAUGGCCACUUUGAUGUCCCAGUGGAAACCAUUGAACAGCUGAAUGCACUUUAUAUGCAGAUCACUGUUGGCGAUUACGGUAUCAUUUUUAUGCAUUUACGCGUAAAAUACAACCCAGGCUGA